GUGCGGACCGCAGAGCGGUGCAAGCAUUGCGGAGGUCAAGUGAGACAAGUCUCACACACACACACACACACACACACACAGAGCUUCAGGACACGUCGGGCUCGGGGAAGAGCGACUAUAACACCACGCAGUCAUGGUGAAGAAAAAGCGACUUCGUCUCAUCGCCGAAAUGGCUCGGAAGGUCCGGGCGUACAGAGAGCUCAAGGCCCAGCCGCGGGACUCCCAGAAGUACGCCCUGGACUAUGACACAAUGAAGCGUCCUCUCACGGGGAAGAGGCUGCCUGUGCUGGCUUGGACAGAUGUCCGAAAAGAGAGCCGCCUCUUCUCCAUGCUUGCUGGCAUGAGGAUGUUCGGAGUAGGCCGUUUCUUCACCCGGAAGUCCUGGUUGGUGGACCACACUGAGCCGAGCUACUGGCAGAUCACCAAGGUCAAGGUGGACUACACAGCUGAGAACAUGGAUCAUGGCAAAGCGUGGGGGAUCCUCACCUUCAAAGGGAAAAAGGAGAGCGAGGUCAAGGAGGUGGACAAGGUGAUGUACCAUGACUGGCGCCUGAUUCCCAAACACAUAGAGCAGCAGUUCAUGGACUUUGAGCCGCUCCCUGAGCCGCCGGUGCGCUAUGUCCCCUACCCCCCACUGCUCCGCGCCAUGCUACUGGCUCAGCACAAGAAAGCAACGGGCAGCGUACUGACAGAGGAGCCCACCUUACCCUUGAAGAGGGACGUCCGGCUUAACAAAGACUAUUUCCGCAGUCAGGAGCAAGCGAGGCAGAGCAAAGAGGGGACCGCGGUGUGAUACUCCUGUGUGGCUGUGGUUCACUAAUCUUGGACUUUUUGGAUCAAAGCAGUGUUGACAGAGGCAUUCAACUUCUUCUGUCCAAGAACAUUUCGUGAUAAAUCCUGGAAUAAUUCCAAACUAAUUGUUUGCUAAAUUUCUUCUGCGGCAGUCGUCUCUAUGUCAUGUGUAUCUUUGUGAUGUGUUAAUAAAUCUGAGGUAAAAUAA